UGUGUGUCUGUGUGUGUGUGUCUGUGUGUGUGUGUGUCUCUGUUCCCUUUUCCCUGAAAGAAAGUUUAUCUCAGCACAUGAUUUUGAUUCAGGGCGUUUCCUUAAACAAGAAUAAAUAAAUUCCUCCCAGCUUGUGUUGCAGUUAUGUUCUUCGCUCUGUUGCAGGAUUUAGAUUUAGAGAACGUCUCCUCUCAUGGUGGAUAUCUGUUUUAUUUCACUUUCCUCCGUCUGGAGCUCCAGCUGAAGUGUGAUUUAAAGUCAGCUUCUUCAUCUCUCUGAAGAGGAGAUCUCAACACUUCAGGAGGACCAGGAGACCUUAAGAUGUCUGCAAAACCAAGAACAGAUAGCAAAGACCUCCCUCCUGAUCUGUCUGAAUUCAUGGUCAAACUCAAAGAACAUGCAGCUUCAUUCAUCAGAGAGUUUGACAGCAGUGAACACAGGAUGACACAGAUUGUUGGAGAGUUUAGGGAGAUUGCUGAUAAAUUCCAAAAGAGGCAGGAGAGAACAGGUACAGUCAGAACAGCAGGAACUGUUGCUGGAGGAGUAGGAAUAGGACUCCUGUUCCUUGCAGCUCCGCUCACUGGGGGGGCUAGUUUAGUAGCAGCAGCAGCAGGAGUAGCUGCAACAGCAGGAGGAGGAGCUGUGCUUUAUGGUGUAAAUGAAACAAAAACAAGGAAAGAGAUCGAAAGUGCAAAGAAAGAAGAAGAGCUGGGGAAAGACUUCAUGAUGAUCGUUGAACGGAUGAAGAAGGACCUGGAAGAAAUAAAGAAGAUGUGUGAGAAGUUGGAGCAAAGAUCAGCUGAAGAUCAGGCUGGAAACAUUCUGACACACAUGGAGGAGUUUCGGGGGAUUCUGAGAGAAGUUUCUGGAGAUAAAAGAGGAGAAAUCCCCCAUCUUUGUAGCAAGAUGAUUGAAGACUUUGAAAAGAUGAAGAAAGAACUCAAAGCCUUCACAGAAAAAUAAAGGAAGCAACAUGCAUUAUUAACAUCAUUGACUUCAACCUGGAUUGAUAUUAUUAUUCAUAUAAUGUGGGUAUUGCAAAUCCUUUUAUUUUUGGUUCCUUUAAUAGUUCGGAAAUGUUAUCUUUUAAAAUAUGUGAUCCAAAAUUCAAUCCAAAUUGCUGUGUAAUCAUUUAUUGCCACCUCCCUUAUUCUAACACCUGUUUUCUUAAUGAGUUUUCUGAUUAACUAUCCUUCCUUGUGCUUAAGUUUGAUAGGGUCAUUAAAGUUGGUGAUUUUAUAAAGAUUGACAAUCCUUCCAAUCGAUUCACUAUUGACUUUUUAAAUGUAUGUACAGUAAGUCUUUUAACCUUGUGCAGUAUGUCUCUGGCCCAUCACAUAAGCAUGGACACACCCUUAACCUAUAUCUAAAGGACUCUUUACAGUCGCUGCUCCCGACUUGUCGCACGACAAUGUAAUGUAAAAAUGACGUAGAUCUCACUAGCACGCCAGGAUUUUGAAUGUGCGUCCAUUUUUUUCAGCAGAGCGCAACAAACAGGAAACAGCAAGCAUGAACGAGUUCUCUCUUGUAAACUUCCUGGGUUAAGAGGAGGUCUUUUAUGGUGAAUGAAAGGCCUGAUCCCACCAAGUAGCUCAUCCAAUUGUUGUGCAGACAUUCUGAAGUAUUCAAAGUGCUUCUCUUCGUCUAUCAUCCUCAUUUGUUUCACCAGGAUAUUGAACUCACCGUAUUUAUCUCAGCCGUUAUUCAAAGGACGAACAUCCCACCUUCUUCUUCGUCGUUUCUUUGCAAGCAGGCUCAAAAGCAGCUGUUCUUCCUCCUCCAUUGACUCCAAUAUCAUCUCAGCCACUGUUGACAUUGUCGGGAAUGGCGAGUAUACCGCAAUGUGAUGACGAGAACAGAGUCUGUCUUUGUAUCAGAGGAUUCUGACACGAGUUUCUGAACUGGCAGGAAGGAUUAAAGUAGUUUUGUCUGCAGCUGUAAAAGUGAUGAGUUCUGUUCUGUUAUUGCUCAAUGUGAAAUUCUUCAGAGUAACUGCGACCCCUGACGAUUAGGAAAAGUUAGUAAACUCCAUCAUCCAGUCAGCUGAUCUCUGUCAGGAGGUCGUUGUCAAGUUUGAUCAGAUGAAGGAAGAACUCAAAGACUUCAGUGUAAAGUAAAGAUAGAAGCAGCAGGAGAAGAAAAAGGACUGGUUCACACUGAAACUGCUGACUACCUGUUAGUGUUUAAUCAUUUAUUUUACCAACUGGACUUUAUGUAACUGAAUCAGAUGAACAAUAAUACUUUAUGAUAUUUGAUAUGUUGGAAUGUUGAAUAAUAAAUCUCACUCACUGUUGGA